GGCAAACACCCACAUAUCAUACACCCCAUGAAUUCACCUCGUCUCAUGCCUCCUCUACACGGUUAAACGAGCACAACUUCCCCCGAUAAUGUCUACAGUGGAUGGUAAUCGAGCGAAACAACUCCGCGCGGAGCUGAAGGAGUGGGAACAUUCUUUUGCUGCGGAACAUGGGCGAAAGCCUUCCCGUGAGGAAGUUAAGAGGGAUCCCCAUAUUUCGGCAAAGUACAAAGAAUACAGCAAACUGCGUACCGCCGCCUCUCGUCCCACAGCCUCAAAUUCCGGGACGAAACCAGAACAUACUCCUUCCACUACAAAGGGGAUCCACGACCCCUUCGUAGGCGCAAAGUCAGACAGAUCUAGGGCGAGCACUCGCAAAAAAGCGGCGGACUUAUUCAAGACCCCUACGAAACCACAGCUAACCUCGGCGGAUCAGCAAGAGGUUUACGAUUCUCCAUUGUCUUUAAGACGUACACGCUUGUUUGGAAAUCGGCCUAGGGAUAGUGUUGGUCCCACACCACAGAAAACUGGAAAGGUGCUCGGGUUGUUCGAGAGCUUUGUUGACAUCGAGGCUACGCCUAGAAAGGCAAAGUAUAGAGUUUCCGCCAGUCCGGUUUCAGCUCGAAGGGCCGGCGAUGGAGGGGCAAAUGAAGGAGGGGAGUUUGCUACUCCCCGAAAACGCAAGGCGGAAGAGAUAUCGGUGGGCAGCGCAAAGAAGCGUGAGGAAGAGGAGUUCACCACGCCGUCAUUCCUACGAAGAGAUAGCUCGAGGCUUCAACCACCUGUGGAGAGCCCUCCUGUCCCGCUGCCUAUGCGGCCUGUCAGAGGACUGAGCAGCAUGGUGGCGGAACUCCGCAAAAUGGAGGAUGAAGCGUUAGAAGAGGAGUUCGCCGAUGACGAGGAAGCGAUGAAGGAGAUGGAGGCGCUAGAUAGCGAGCCAUCUCUACCACCCCCUAAGAAGCAACGGGAUGAGGGAAUGGAGGUUGGCAUAGGCGAUUUACCGCCUGGAGCUUUUGCGGAGGAGGCAAUUGUAGCCGAAAAUGAGGGGGAGGGUAAGGAUAGGCCGAAAUGGAAAAAGAAGGGUCUCAAGAGGCAGACUAAACGAACCAUCAGUAACCAUACCUCCCCAAGUACAAAUCUUUUGGCUUGUAAAUUGACAAACAUAGUGCGCCCAAUCACAGCAGGGCUACGAGAUGUGCCGCAGGAAGAAGAUGCUCUCCCCAACCCGGCCGAUGCAGAACUCCCGUCCGCGGGCUACGACGACGACGAAGACUUAUCGAAUAUUGAAAGCGAAGAUGAGCACACUAGCAAGAAGGCCGUGGUUGAUAAAGGCAAAGCCGUUGUCAAGAAGGUUGUACGAAGGGUCAAAGCUACGGCUAAUGCAAACUUCCGAAGGCUCAAUAUCAGAGGCCAAGGCACAAAGGCGAGAGGCGGAGGGAAGUUUCGGAAACGUAGGUAAUGGGUUUGCUUUCACGCUUUGUUUAUGAGCCAAGGCACCAGCAAUGUUUCAAAUGUUAAUGGAUAUAAUGUUCCAUCAUCCAUGAACCUUGCACUGUUUAGAGCGAUAGCAAGCCAUUAAUGGUUCAAUGUGAAUAUAAAAUGCUCGGAUAGAUAUAGAGAACUUAAUAGAAUAUAGAUGAGCUGUG